GCCCGCGUUGCUUACUGACUUGCCGGCUGACGGCGCGGCAUAAGUUGAACAUAUAUAAGAAGUGUGAGCGCUAUUGUUGUGGGGGUUUCUAAUAGCAGAGAGGCAAGCUAGGAUGCUGUGAAAUAUCAGAAGGAAAGCAGCUGAUUUGACUGGAGGCCAAACAAAGCGACCGCCCGUAUACUUUACAUGUUAAAGUUGGCUCGAUCAGACCAAAUUCAUGUUCCGCAGUUCAGUUCGCAGUUCGCACUUUUUAUACACUGACAGCAACUUGCUACUCUCGCAAGUUGCACGUGCUCAGUAGACGUAAUGUCAGUCGUGUUAUUUCACGCAAGAAGUGUAGUUGUUUCGCUAGCACACGUGCAUUGACAUUAGCUGUCUAGUUAUAUUUACGUGAUAUCAACUUGCUAUUCGCUUUUGGUUCAUAAUCAAUAAUCAAUAUGGUGGAAGAAGAACAUACUCAAGAGUUCAUUUUAGAAAAAGAGUGUGAACUUCGUUUUGAAGUUGAAAGUAAAGGACAAAAAGUUGAAUUGGAGUUGAAAAGUGGAUUAGCUGAGGUGUUCGGCACCGAGUUAGUUAAACAGAAGAAGUACAAAUUUUCUAAUGGUUCUAAAGUGGCUGUAUUCACUUGGCAUGGUUGCACACUUCAAUUAACUGGAAGAACGGAAGUAGCAUAUAUAGCUAAAGAAACCCCAAUGUCCAUUUAUAGUAAUUGUCACCAAGCCCUAGAAGAAUUGAGAAAGAAAGCUGAUGAUGAUGAUUUGCCAGGGCCUGUUGUAAUGAUUGUUGGUCCACGCGAUGUAGGAAAGACAACUUUGUGUAAAAUUUUAUUAAAUUAUGCUGCAAGAAUGCAUCGUAGACCCACUUAUAUUGAUCUGGAUGUUACACGAGCCCAAAUAUGCAUGCCUGGGUGUAUUGGAGCUAUAAGAGUUGAAAGGCAAUUGAAUCCUGCUGAAGGUUUUCAUGUACAAUCUCCUUUAACUUAUCAUUUUGGUAAACUAUCUCCAAAUGAUAAUAUUGACCAUUACAAUAUAGCUGUUACAGAAUUAGCCAAACACUCUAAGUUAACAGAUAAUAAAAAAACCAAAAUUUCUGGAACAAUCAUAAACACACCUGCUUGGGUCAAAGGUGAAAGUGAAAAACUAAUACUUCACGCCAUUGAAUCAUUUAAAGUAGAUGCAGUGUUAGUGCUGGAUCAAGAGAGACUUUAUAACGAACUUGUAAAAAUUAAGCCAGAAUCACUAAAGGCGAUACUUAUACCAAAAAGUGGUGGUGUAGUUGCAAAAAGUCAAUUACAAAGAGAUGAAAUACGUGAAAUAUUUAUAAAAGAAUAUUUCUAUGGUGGAAGGAUACCACUUUAUCCUCAUAGUUUUGAAGUAAAAUGGAGUGAUGUAAAUAUUUUCAAAAUUGGUGCACCAUUGUUACCGUCAUCAUGUAUGCCAGUUGGAAUGAAAGUAGAAGAUAAUUCUACAAAAAUUGUUAAUAUAACUCCCUCAUUAAGUAUAUUGCAUCAUGUACUGUGUGUAACAUUUGCUCAAUCAGCUGAGACAAUUUUUGAAACUAACUUAGCGGGAUUUGUUGUUGUUACAAAUGUUGAUGUAGACAGGCAAUGUCUUACAUUAUUAAGUCCGCAACCUGGACCUCUGAUGCACAAUCAUUUAAUUUUAAGUGAUUUACAAUUUAUGGAUACUCACUAAACUUUUUAUUGAAUGAACCACUGUAAAUAUAUUUUUGUCAUUAAAAUUAU